GGUUCUACCUGGGAGCUGCUGGGGAAGGAGGCGCCUCCCUUGGGGCUUGCUCGAGGGCCGGGGGCCGUCCAGCCAGUGGGGGCGCAGCAGAGGGCCAUGGAGUGACAUCUGUGGGCGGCUGGCCGAGGAGCCAGAUGCAGCAACAACAACCGCAGCAGCCGCAGCUGCUGCCCCAGCAGGAAGGCGAGUCCUCGGGCUCUCGAAGCCCCCCGGGGCGCUGGGAGUCAGGAGCGGGGGUGUCACUGAUGGACUUGGAGACCCCGGAGGACGCACAGGCCCGGAACCUGGGCCGAACCAUCAAAUCCUCGAAGCUCCAGGUGCGCCAGAUCCUGGCUGAGUACGAGGCCCUGGACCGGGAGCUGCCCUGCAUCCGCAAGUUCCCCAGCCCGCCGCCCGCCCAGCCCCUCUGCCUGUGCAUGGAGACCGCGCCCGAGUACGACUUCACCCACCUGGACUUGCUGAACGCCCUGGAGGCCGAGGUGCCGGGCGCCCUGGAGAGCGGCCGCGUCAGCAGCAUCCGCUACGAGAACAUGAACGUCAUCUGCGGCACGGCCGGCCGCAAGGACCGGUGGCUCAUCACCGUCACGGACUUCCAGACCCGCUCCCGCCUGCUGCGCUCGGGGCUCCGCCCGCGCGGGAUCCUUCACGCCCUCGCACGCCACGACGAGCUCCUGCUCGGAGACUACCGCCUGCACCUGCGCCGGGCCCUGGCGCGACGGCGCAUGCUCGAGGCCCUGGGAGCGGGACCCACCGAGGAGGACUGAGGGCGGGGCCGCGCCUGCGCACGAGCCCCGUGGCCCCUCGGGAGAGGGGCAGCCAGGCGGGACCGGGCGGGGCGGCAGGGGCGUGGCCACAAAGGAGGUGGGGCGGGCUCGAGGGGAGGGUGGAUACUGUGAGUUUAAUUAUAAAGAAUGACCCGGUACAAAAAGCCAUUUCUUUGCAAAAUCGGAGAGGGGGAGGGGCGCCCCCCAUCGAUUCUCCCCUCCCCGGGCCUCCGUGGAACGUCGCCUCGGCCCUAGAGGGCGGCCUCGGCAGGGCCGUCUGGCCUGGAGGGGCAGCGUCCUAACUCGGAACGCUGCGGCUGCCUGCGUGCCCCCGCCCGCCCCCCGCCCCCCACCCCCUCUGGAAGACAAUUCUUCGGGGUUCGAGUUGAGCUUUUUUGUGGGUUUUUGUUUUUUUUUUUUUUUUUGCUUUGUAUCACCUCCCCCCACGCUCGGACCCGCCCCGCCCCCCGCCCCUCCCACCCUGGGUCUCGCUCCCCUCCCUCCCCCUCCCUGACCCCGCCCCCUUCCGCGGUGCCCAUCCGGAAUGAACAAGCCCUUGAUAGACGGACACCGCGGGGUCCCCGGGGUAGGGGAGAACAACGGACGACGGACCUGAGGGAGGGAGGACGGAUUCCCUCACCCCCUUCUCCCCCCUCCCCCCAACCCUCCCGCAAGAUAACCCGCAGAUCCCUGACGUGGUGAGGGGGAAGAGGGCUGGGAGCCCCCCCCAUGGACGGAGCAGCCCCCCGGGAAUGGGGGGGUAGCAGAAGGGAGGGUGGGCUUGGAGUGAGGGGGAAGAAAGGGAGCUCCCUUCUUUGGCAGCUGAACGAGUGUGUGGGGAAGCUUAGAGGGGCUUGGGGAAGGGGUCCAGUUCCCGCCCCCACCCCCGGGUCUGUGAGGGAGCGGAGCGGGGAGGGGGAAGGAAGCGUCGGGGUCACUGGGGGAGGAGGGGCAGAAAGAGGGGAAGCCAUGCUCGAAGGGGAGGGGCGAGGAUCCGUCAUGCAGGAGGGUGAGAGGCUGAGCUAGGAAGAACCAGCCCCCUGGAAAUAGAAUCUGAGAGAAGGCAAGUGUGCAAAGGGGACCGUCGAAGUCUAGAGGAAGGGCGGCGGAAAGCCAGGAGCGUGUCCGAGACCCGGGCUGCGGGGCUCCAAAGAGUCUGAGGGGGCGCCAGCGGGCGUGCAAGAACCGGGAUGAGAGAGCCGAGCAAGAGAUGGGCGGGCGAGGGGCCAGAAAAGUGAGUGUGCAAAAGGAGAGAAGUUCCCGGGAGAAAAGGGAGUGAGUGUGAGACGUGUGGGCAAGUCAGUGGGCGAAAGAAGAUUCGUGUGCAAAAGGGGCCGCAGGAAUUCAGAAGAGGGAAUGCAAGCAAAGGAGAGCGCAGGGCGAGGGUGCCAGAACCUCGGCGAGAAGAACACGGAAGACAGGCGGACGAGUGGGUGAGCAGCUGUGCCAGAAAAGGGGAGGAUGGCCAGAGGAGCCAGGAGUAGGGGACUGAGCAAGAGAAGGGUCCGGAACGUGUGCAAGCGAAGAGGGCCGUCAUGAGAAAGGAACAGAAACAGGUGAGUGUGCAAAUGUAAUCAAGUGCAAACGCAGAGCUAGCUGGGCCCGAAGGAGGGAACGAUGCGUGGAAAUGCGGGCCCCAGACGAAGAGGGGGGGGGGGGGGCAUGUGCGGGGUGUGGCAAGUGCAAAGGAGUAAGAAGGCCGGGAGCAGGGGAAGUGUGUGUCGGGGGAGCCUGGAUGGAAGAGGCAGCCCCAAAGAGCGCCUGGUGGAGAAGGGCCAAAGGAGCAGAGGACAGCGCCCUGAGGUCCCGGGGGAGAGAACUAUGGGGGAGAGAGCCAAUAGAAUGAAGGGGGGCGGAGAGAAGAGUGAGCGUGCAAGAAAGCUGGGUCGCAACAGCUGGGAGGGACCUGCAAGCACCACCUCGGGGAGUGUGCAAGAAAGCAUGAGACAUAGCGCAAAUCUGUGCAAAAUAGCAGCGGGGGGGGGGGGCGCAUAGGCGAGCGGGCGUGCAAAGGAGCGUGCAAGAGACCAGGUGGCAGGACAGUGAGGGAGGGAGGGAGGGAGGGAGGGAGGAGAGAAGGCCGGAGAGGGAUGGGAGUUAGGGUUGGGCGGGGAAAUCAGGCGAGAGAUGGGGAUGGUCAAAUCUGGGGCCUAGGGAGGGGAUUGGGGACCCCUGCUUUACCCCCUUCCCCUACUGCCCAGGGAGCCCCCAUCAUCCAAUUUGCCUUGGGCUCCCCGCUUAUGGCUCUGCUAUAUUCUCGCCCCCCCUCUCCCAGGGACCUGGAGAGGGGGAAGUCGGGGUACAUCUUCCCUCCUCACGCCCUCUCCACCCCUCCCAGCUUUGGCCAUCUCCCUGGGAGGGAGCGGGGUCGCAUCUGUCCCCACGUCCUCCC